GAUCCACAUCAAAAGCCCUUGUUACGAGAGAGCGCGCGAAGGAAACACACGCACGCGAACGCGCAGCUCAUCUAGCCCUAACCCAUCCAGCCUCCAUCGCCUGCCUCCCAUGGCGGCUCUACUAACGAGGAGCAUCGCCGUCUUGGCGUUGGUGCUCUGCGCCACCACCGUCGCUGAAUCCUUCAACAUUCCCGUGAUGUUUCACGACCUGUGGUUCCGUCGCAGCAUUGCGAGGUCCUCUUUCCAGGAGAAGGCCGCGGCGCCUUCCACCGCUCCGUCGAAGCCGCCAGUGCCGGCCCCCACGUCACUGUCAGCAGUCCCGCCCGUUCUGCCGACGCCUGCCCUGCCUGUGCCGCCCACCACGGCUCCGUCGUCCAACGCGCCCGCUCUGGCGCCUAUGAUGACCGUGCCCCCCGCGCAUGCGCCCUCCGGCGGUCCUGUUGCGGCGCCGGGGCCGGCGCCUUCUUCUGUCAGCCCCGGACCAGCGCCCGUGCCGGCGUCGUCUCCCAUGGCCGCUGCUCGGGUUCUGCCCCUGCCGCCGACCCCAGCGCCGGCUCUUGCUCCUUGGAUGCCAGCGUCCGCACCGAGAUCUAGCGCGCCGUCGCCGAUGCCCACGCUUCCCACUACGCCAGCUCCCGUUUCGCAACCCCCUGCGUCGGCACAACCCAAACCUGGUCCAGUGCUCCCGUUGCCGACGACCCCAGCGCCCGCUGCCACGCUGCCCGCCGCCAUCAGCUCUCCAGCUCCCUCGUCAGCGCCGGCGACCUCCCCGACCGCCCCGCCGGCUGCUUCUGCCGCUAAUUCCGUCGCUCCCAUGGGAGCCAUGGUCGUUAGCGCGGCGCUUGCCGUUGCAGCGCUAUUUUAAGCCCUUCUGUUUUCAAAAGUUAGCCAAGCGGAUUCAGUUUGUAGUUAGCCUUAUCACGAGAUACCAACUGAAGUGCUAGUAGGUACCUUUUUUAGGAUCGAUCCACUCUAGAAAUUUUUACUCCGGUUGUAAUCUGCUACGUACGUGUGUUAGCCUCGACUCUAUCUAUAGAAGAAGAAAAGUGAACGGCCCGUUCACAAUCAUUCGUUA